ACAAAAUGCAACCCAUUUUGCACGGCCACCGAACGGCUCACACUCCAGCACAAACCCCCUCAGGAUCAACAAGUCAGACGGACAUGAUUUUUGUGAUGGCUGUUUACAUGAGGCCCUAACUUCAUGAUAGUUUGUAAGUUAGCUAGGCAUUUUGGCAUUCGCAUGGGAAUGAUCAACAUCAUCAACAGAAGCUCACUGGGGUUGCACAUUCUUGCGUGAUUGAAUUGUGAUAACUGAUGUGAGAACAUCUGAAGAUGUUGUGUGAUUGCAUUGUGAAUCACCCCUGGCUGCCUUGGCCAUCGGCCUAGCGUGGCAGACCGUGUCAAAUCCUGGCGUUUCUUCAUAAUCAUUGGGCCAUGAAACUUUAACUUUGCAACAGAGCAAGCGCUAACUUGGCCAUACAAACGAUCGCACGGAGUCUCCACGAUGCUUUAGCUUGCUGUGCUCUGGGAAAGCUCGAAUAGAGAUUCAGGACAUUGCCAGAACCGCCCAGGAUGAGCAUACCAAUCCGCACACAUAUCGCCUAUCAUGGAGUGUAUGGUCCACUCGAAAUUCUUCAAGAAUCUGGGGGAAGGGGUACGCUCUCAACUUCGGCCCAAAAGCUGUGCCAAGUUAGCCCGCACUUGAGGGUUUUAUAUACUGGGAAACCUCCUUCCCCUGCGGGAUGCAUUUGAUUAUAGUUAUUCUUCAUUUACCAUAUUUCUCAUCUACCUCCAUGCCACAGGGGUAGCCACCAGCUACUAUUAUUUUUGAUUUUUGUAGGAGCUUAUUCUUCUCAUCACUGGCUACCACUUACGUCUCCCAUGAGCAUUCAAAUCCAAGCUUGACUCAGUCGUCUAUUCAAAUGGACGUUAUCCAUCUUCGUCAAUUUAUAUUCCUUCUUAUUUGGACGACAAUAGCCCCCAUGUCUUACGGCUACAGCUUUACUUCCCACCAAGCCACAUCUGAAAAUUGGGGUGCACGGUAUCGCGUCGUAAAACGUGAGAUGGAAAUUAUCCCAGGCAGCGUCGGCGAUGUUGAGACAGAUAGAGAUUGGGCUCAAUCUAGCGGUGGAUCUUUCAACAUCUCCCAGGGUGGCAUAAUCGCAAUAGUUGUGAUUGUAGGUAUCGUUGUUAUUCUAGGGUUAACAUCCGCGAUCCUCUUCUAUAUUGCUAAGAAGCGAUCAUGGGAAGUUCGUGCCUCAAUACGCCGAUCAGCAAAACGCCUUGCGGCACCAAUGACACCACGACGAUUUUCAACCGCGCCCAGUUCAAGUAAACCAAGGAAUCGCGACGUAUCCAUGCGCAUUCCUGCUCAGGAUACGGACCCAAACCAGAAGAAGCCAAAAGAAGCUUCACAGCAGAUUAAGUCCGAUGGAUCCACCGACAGGCGGGGACGGGGGAAAGAAAUGCUGCCGCCGUUCGAUAGGGAUGUGGAAAAGGCAGUUGAUGCCAAAUCACCCACAGGCAAAAGCGAGUUUGAACCUUCAUCGCCACGAGGAUGGAAGAAAAUGGUUCCCUUUGGAAGUACUCGAUGAUAUGCCACCCAAAAGGGCAGGCAAUGUUUGUUUUAUUUAGAUUGUUUUUGUCUCAGCAAAAUUCGAUAUUUGGGUAAUAGGCGCUCAGAACGAGGAAAGCUUGCACUCUGCGUGUUAUGUUUGCUUUAUUUAUUAUUGUUUGAUAUGGUUCACUCUAAUUUUGUGCACCCAGGAGGCAGCACAGGCACCGGCUGCAUGCACCAAGUUGUCCCAAGCGCCAUGCAUGUUUCAGACAUGUUGAUGAUGAAAAUAACAUCCGCAUGCAGCCAUGAUUUCAUUAUUAUUGUCUCUUCGUAUUCUCGUUCCUUGAAUUGGUUUUUUUACCUCCACAUCUUUCCUAAUUUAGUCUCUUUUCCGUUUUUCUUUUUCUUUUGCACUUUGCCGCGUCUCUAUAAUUCUUCCACACUACACUGUCCAUAGACUUGAUUUUCUGGUAAACUUUAAUUCCUCUGGCCAACUGAUAAGUGAUAAGUUCAAUUCCGUCACGGAUCCCUCUUCAAACCCCUCAGGCUCUGAAAGUAUGUGGAGUAAGGGGUACCUGGUUUUUUACUUUCACUGUUCCUUAGAUUUCUCUACUGGUAAUAAGUGUUGUCAAUUUGGGAUACCUUAAUUCGUACGGCGCAAGACAUGCCCCAAUUUGGCUUGGAUAUCGUCUCCUACAUUUAGACUGUAUCUCCCUUAAAUUCGUAUCAAAUGGCCUCAGCUUCGGAUCUGAUUACAUUAUUUCUCUCCAGAAUCGAUUUCAGCCUCAUCGGUUUCUCCGACGUUUCAUUCACAAGGGAUAUCGAUGACUGCUCUCCCUGAUCGUUUAUUUGAUUCCUUGCAUUUCUCUCUGCCAAGCUACUCCCCCGACCGAUUCAUCAGAGUCUUAUCUCCUUAUAUUCAUACAUGUAUGUGCAACCGAGUCAAUCCCUUAACCGUAUAUUUAAAUGCUGCCGCCGUGUUAUUGGCAUGAGGGGAGAGUUUUCUCUGUCUUCCUACACUGCAUCUCAUGCGCCAGGGUCACAUUCAUUUGCCCAUUUAGAUUUUCUGUACCAUACAUCUCAUUGAUGCAUGAUGCGCACGGCACAGUUCAUCACAUUAAAUCAUAGUUGUAACUCGGGGCGGGUUAGCUAAGAAUAGUAACAACAUCGAAAACGUGCGCAACGUCGGUUCACAACAGCAUGACGCAGUCUCGGUCUGAGGGCAUGCAUCGUUCUAGCUCGGUGGCCAAAGUGAAUGUUGAAUUUACCUGAUGGGAGUUGCUUUUCAUUCUUUGGACAACAGAUACAUAAUGUAGUGGCAGUUCUGGUCCGGUCCUGCGCUUUGACCUCGCUAGACAAUAAUGGAGCAAAAUUCAGGAGAAUGCACGGCAUACCUU